AUGGCAGAUUCACAUUCAAAUGGAAAAAAUGUUUAUAAAUCCUCAUCAUCACCAUAUAAAAGAACUAUGGAUCGUCCACUCUGUGGAAUAGCUUUGUUUGGUCCCAAAAAUGAACUUUUUGGUGAAAUGAAAAAUCGACUAAAAUUAAGAUCAACUAAACAUUCAGAUAUUAAAGAAUUGUCUUCAGAAAUAUCGACGAAUAAUACAAUUGAACAUCAGGAACCAUCUUCAUAUGAUAAUACAUCUUCUAGUAUGUCAGCAAAUUCCAGUCCCAGAUCAUCAAUAUAUGAUGAUUUUGAACAAUCUGAAUCAAAAACAAUAUCAGAUAUUUUAUUGAAUCGUGCACGUAAACCUCCUACACGAAAACCAACAUUGAAUCGUUGUUCAAAUGUUGUUCCUAAUAAACAAUCUAGUACCUCAAUUAAUUUUUCAAUACAAAUAAUUAAUUGCUAUACAGACAACUUCUGA